AUGUCUUUCUCUCUUUUUGGUGGCGGACGGCCUCAGCCUUCAUCGGCGGAGAAGAUCGCAGCAGCAGAGGCGGAGAUCGAGAUGGUCUCCAACAUGUUCAACCAACUUGUCGACACAUGCACGAAGAAAUGCAUCCCCAACAACUACCGCGAAGGCGACCUCAACAAGGGCGAAUCCGUCUGCCUCGACCGCUGCGUGUCCAAAUUCUUCGAAGUCAACAUCAAAGUCUCCGAGAAGAUGCAGGGUGAGGCAAAUCAGAGACAAGGCGGUGGCGGAGGCAUGUUUGGCGCAUAA